AUGGGCGGUGCCUUGAAAGACCGCGAGAGUUACAUGACUCAGAAGAGUCAAUAUGGAAUCAUGUCUUUGUUUCCUGGGGUGACUCUCGACCAGCGAUCAUCGCCCAUUCGCACUUAUCCCCAACACUUGACAGAUGCCCGACACAGCAUCUUCUGGCGACGCACUAGUCCUGACGACCUGUAUAACUUGCGCCACCCGCGCCUCAUCACAACUACUAAUUGUCUCAAGCAAGGUCUCCAGCAGUUCCUCCUUCCCGUCUACCUUCCAAGAACUCGGGAUCUGAAAUUCCGGUGGCUGGUUAUCUUGAUGAGGGAUUUGAGUUGGCGGACUCUGGGUGUGCCCUUGCUGCAAGUGAUAGAUAUUGGCGUUUGA